AGGUGCGGCAUAGAAAAGAGCGAGAGAGGACAUUAGAGCUAGCGUACGGCUAGUUUGUCCGACGUUUAUUAUUUCUUUUACUCCCGGUUUCCGAACGAUAACCAACCGUAGAUGUAGAAUCGCGUAAAGGUGCGGGGUCAAAAGUAGUUUAUUAGAUCGCCCGUAUUGUCGAUGUACAGCUAAACAAUAAGCGGGGUCAAAACAUCUCCCCUAUACAGAAAUUCGACGACGAGAACGUUUGGGUAGCUAUUGCUAAUACUAGCGUAGUUGGCUGACUAGCUCACACAAGCCCGUAAACACAAGCCCUAGAUUCCACCGCGUCCAUUUUAUUAACCAUUAAAACGUCGCCAUGGCUGAUGUCGAUAAACUCAAUAUAGACAGCAUCAUCCAACGUCUCUUAGAAGUCAGAGGAGCAAAACCUGGGAAGAAUGUGCAACUGCAGGAAAAUGAAAUUCGCGGAUUAUGCCUCAAGUCGAGGGAGAUCUUUCUCAGUCAGCCCAUACUCCUGGAGCUGGAAGCCCCCCUCAAGAUUUGUGGUGACAUCCAUGGACAAUACUAUGACCUGCUGAGGCUGUUUGAGUAUGGGGGCUUCCCUCCAGAGAGCAAUUACCUAUUUCUAGGAGACUAUGUCGACAGAGGGAAGCAGUCUCUAGAGACUAUCUGUCUGCUGUUGGCCUACAAAAUCAAAUACCCUGAGAACUUCUUUCUGCUGAGGGGAAACCAUGAGUGUGCCUCAAUCAACAGAAUAUAUGGUUUCUAUGAUGAGUGUAAAAGAAGGUACAACAUCAAGCUCUGGAAAACAUUCACAGAUUGUUUUAACUGCCUCCCGAUUGCUGCCAUCGUAGAUGAGAAGAUCUUUUGCUGCCAUGGAGGGCUGUCACCAGACCUUCAGUCCAUGGAGCAGAUUAGACGUGUCAUGCGGCCCACAGAUGUGCCAGACCAGGGACUGCUUUGUGACCUGCUCUGGUCUGAUCCAGAUAAGGAUGUUUUGGGCUGGGGGGAGAACGACAGGGGUGUGUCAUUUACCUUUGGCUCGGAGGUGGUGGCAAAGUUCUUGCACAAACAUGACUUAGAUCUGAUCUGCCGUGCCCAUCAGGUCGUUGAGGAUGGCUAUGAAUUUUUUGCAAAGAGGCAGCUUGUGACCUUGUUCUCAGCACCUAACUAUUGUGGAGAGUUUGACAAUGCUGGUGCUAUGAUGAGUGUGGAUGAGACGCUCAUGUGUUCUUUUCAGAUUUUAAAGCCAGCUGAGAAGAAGAAACCUAAUGGCAGCCGUCCUGUGACACCUCCUCGGAACAUGGUCACUAAGCAAGCCAAGAAAUGAGAGGGGGCCAUUUCUGGGGGGUCCCACUCCCUGCACUGCUUUCGUCUUUUGCAUUUGAAGGGUUGGUUAUCCUUCAUGCUGCCAAUACUGAAAAGAUAUCCACUCCUACCCGAUGAAAGCAAAAUGUUUUGUUGUUUUGUCCACAAGGGUAAAUUGAUAUGUCACCAUGAAACCUCAGGUGUUUUGCACUCCAUUUUGCAACAAGUCUUUGCCACAUAUGACUGUUCAAUCAGGAAAAAUGUAACAAUACGGCUAAUUAUGCACAGGAAUGCCUUGUUUGAAGCUGUGCACAAUUUUUCCAUUUUCGUUCAUCUUUUAUGAAUUCUUGUCAUCACAUUUCCUCACUGUUGCUCAUGGAUAUAAAUGGUUAUGAAACAACUUUGGAAUAUGUCAGAAACACCUGUUUAUUUCUUUUAAAACUUUAUUUAUCAUAGGACAUUGACACAGGCUCAGCAUCACAUUUUUAAAAGCAGUCUUGUGCUAAAUUAAGUAAAUAAAAAGCAUUCUUGUAAUGUCUUAAUCUUUCUAAUAAACUUUGAGCGCAUUU